CUCCGGCUCAGCUUCUCCAGGGGAGGAAACAAAAUACCGACACCUCCACAGCUCGUCCCCUCCUCUGGGUGUUUUUUUUUUGGGGGGGUCCUCUUCCCUCCUUCUUCUGAUAGGACCUCCAAAAACUCCGCCAGCAACUUUUAUUUCAAAGCAAAAACUCUCCCCACAAACACAACCAGUCGUGGCACCAGCUGCCCUCCGCUCGGUCCUCCAUGAAAGAGGUGCAGCAGCGCUUUUGGGGAGAAGAAAUGUCCGCGAGCGUGUUGUCCGCUUUCUACGACAUGGACCUGCUGUACAAGCAGGAUAAGCACGUGAACAUGAACGCGCUCCACAUCAACAGCAUGCUGGACAAAAAGGCCGUAGGAGCUCCGGUGGCUCCUCCGGGCUCCUUCGCUCCGGCCUUUCUGCGCAGAAACUCCGCCAGCAACUUGGAGGCGAUCAGCAACGGCAACAAGUACUCUGUGGGCUCGUACGGCAGCCUGAAGGAGAGCAGCAGCAGCGCCACGGCCCUCAUGAACAAGGAAAACAAGUUCCGCGACCGCGCGUACAGCGAGAGCGGCGAGCGGGCGGUGCUGCAGCAGAAGUCCGGCUCCCAGAUCAACUCCACCCGGUACAAGACCGAGCUGUGCCGGCCCUUCGAGGAGAACGGUUCCUGCAAGUACGGGGAGAAGUGUCAGUUCGCGCACGGCUACCACGAGCUGAGGAGCUUGUCCCGCCACCCUAAGUACAAAACGGAGCCGUGCCGCACCUUCCACACCAUCGGCUUCUGCCCGUACGGCCCGCGGUGCCACUUCAUCCACAACGCGGACGAGCGGCGGCCCGCUCCCGCCGCCAACGCCAACGCGCAAGCGGCGGAGCCGCGGCAGGUCCGCGAGCUGUGCGCGUACGGCCAGAGGGAGGUGCUGCCGCCGCCUCCUCAGCUCGGCUACCCCCACAGGGACAGACCAAAGCUCCACCACAGCCUGAGCUUCUCCGGCUUCUCCUCCCACCACGGCCUGGACUCCCCGCUGCUGGAGAGCCCCACGUCGCGGACUCCUCCGCCCCCCACCACCGCCUCCUCCUGCACCUCCCUCUCCAGCUUCUACGAGGACGUGCUGUCGCCAAACUCCUGCAUCAACAGUGCCUUCUCCUUCCCAGGACAGGACCUAAAAGCCUUACUGGCCCCGCUGGCCGUGCACACUCCCGGCGGCUACACCGGCGGAGCCUCCUCCUACUAUGGGAACCCGCCGUCUCCUCCCUCCUUCACCGUCAGCCACCUGCAGGCGCUCCGCCGUCUCAGCGAGUCUCCGGUGUUCGAGCCUCCUCCCAGCCCGCCGGACUCGCUCUCUGACCGGGAGAGCUACGCCAGCGGCUCCCUCAGCUCCUCCGGGAGCCUCAGCGGCUCCGAGUCCCCGAGUCUGGACGCGGGCAGGCGUUUGCCGAUCUUCAGCAGGCUGUCGAUUUCCGAUGACUGAUCUCUGUCUCAUGGAUUAUGAGGAGUUCAGCUCCUUCCACUCCCGCUCGGCAGCGUCCACCCUGCUGCCGUAGUGCCUUUGAUCAAGACAUUCAGCCCCUCGCGGCUGCGGGGCUGCUGACCUCCGCUGACCCUCCUGGAUGGGGGCAGGAGGAGAGAGAGUUCCCCCCUGCAGGGAUCAACUCCGCUUCAAGUGUCCUUCACCUGGCAUUAGUCUAGAUCUUCUGUAAUAUAGCUGUAUUUAAAAAAUAAAUAAAAAUUAGCUAGCAAACAGAAGGCAUUCCAUCAGUGCCUUGCCCAAGGGCUCGUGGCAGCCCGCUCUGUUUUCUUUGUUUUUUGUUUUCCUUUUGCUCUAUCAGGCAAGUCACACUUUGUUCUGGGGUUAGAUGUGUAACACGACUUGACAGACUUUUAGCAGAUUUCCUCCCAUCCUGCCGAGAAUAUGCCUUGACUAAAAGUAACAUUUAUCUCCCUCCCCCCCCCCCCCCCCCCUUUCUUUCUGAAAGCUUCAACUUCCAUUCCAGACCUGUUCUGUCUUCUUUCAGCGCCACCCAGUGGUUGGAUCGGUUAGUCUAGUAGCGUGUUGCUUAGUUUAAAAGCACUCGAGUUGGGUUUGUUUGGGGAAAUCACUGCUGAUGGUUGAAUAUAUCUAUAUUUUUUAGCUGUUUUUUUGUUUGUUUUUGAGUGAUUUACAUAGCUGUGCAUAACUGGCUAUGAACUAUUUAACUUAUUUAUUAUCUUGUGAAAAACAAAGUAUAGGCUACAUUGGUAAAUUGUGUCCAUACUGUAUUUAUCAAGUAUGAUGAAGCAAUAGAUCUAUAUUCUUUUAUGUUUAAAUUAUGACCGCCUUUAUUAAUCUGCAUAAAGUGGAGUGUAUGUUCUCUUCACAGUAAUAUAUAUAUAUAUAUGUAUAUAUAUAUAUUGUUUCUCUUUUUUGUAACUUCACUCUGUUAUUUUUAAUGUAAAUGAGUUAAAAAAAAAAUCUUAAUUUAAGAGAACAUAUGUAAUAUUUAUUUCAGUAAUUUUGUUUCCAUGUUUAUUAAAAGGUUUUUCUUGAUUUGCUGUUUGAGGUCAUGUGUCAGUGCUGUAGAAGGCAUUUUUUUUUUUUUUUAAGAAUCUGAUUUAGACGUUUCUGUAGAAUGUAUAAACAAAGUGGUUGUACAGACCGUCCAAACCGUACUACUUUUGUUUAUGUAGACUUCAGUGACAAAGAACCCAAGUCAAUAAAUUAACCAAAAAGUAUUUUUUUUUUCUUUGAUUUCUCUGUUUGCACGAGGUCACACUGUGAUUCCAGCCACGUGCUAAAGAAUGUAGCAAUCGUUUGUGCCCCAGUAUUAUUGUGUAGUGCCUAUGGGGUUCACCAUCUUGACAUGCCUUAAAAUUAACCAAAUAAAGUAUUUUUGUUUUCCUACAUGGCAUCUUUUUAUACACACGUUGAACUGAAUGUAGAGCGAUAGCUAUUUUCAAAGGUUGUUACCACUCAGACACGCUGGCAAAAACAACCGUAACCUUUCUAAGUCCCCAUUCCUUUAUGACUUUUAUUUGUUUUUAAUCUAGUGUCGAGCGUUUUCUGGAGAGGGACGUGGUUGAACAUGUUGGGUUUGUACAUAGUAGGUACAGGGGAUGCGCACUAUGUACUUUUGACUACUUUAUCAGAAGUAAAGCUUUGUGAAUGUAACAAAACGGACAAAAAGACGAGAGUUGUAAUUUUUUUUGGGGGGGGGGGGGUCAGUUCACUACAAUUUUGAGUGUGAGACUGUUAACUUUGUACUGUACUUUUUUGUAGUUCUCCCAAUAAAAAUAAUUUUUGAAAA